AUGGCUGGUUUCUACCGUUCCAAGUACAAGCCCACCGUCCCUGCCGCCGCAUCUGUCCCCAGAGACUCCGAAUACCACUACAUGCUGUCCACUCAAUUCGAGUCUUGCGAUGCUCGUAGAGCCUUCCCCUGCUUCGACGAGCCCAACCUCAAGGCAACUUUUGACUUCGAGAUUGAAAUCCCAGAGGACCAGACCGCUCUUUCCAACAUGCCUGAGAAGGAAGUCAAGAAGGGCAACAAGUCCGGUACAAAGAUUGUUUCUUUCGACCGCACCCCUGUCAUGAGCACCUACCUCCUAGCCUGGGCUUUUGGUGAUUUCGAGUACAUCGAAGACUUCACCAGACGCAAGUACAAUGGCAAGAACCUGCCCGUCAGAGUCUACACUACCAGAGGCUUGAAAGACCAGGGUAAGUUGGCUUUAGAGAGUGCUCACCAGGUCGUCGACUACUUCUCCGAGAUCUUCCGUAUCGAGUAUCCUCUUCCCAAGGUCGACCUUCUGGCCGUUCAUGAGUUUGUAUGUUAUCUGAUCCUUGUAUAA